AUGACAAGAAGAAUUAACAGCAAAAGAUUUCGACUCUUGGAAAAUGACUAUCAGUCAACCUUUGUGCAAGUAAGGGACGAAUGCAAUGCACUUCAAGACAUAACCAACCAUCAAGGUAGAGCAAUGUGUGAAGAUCCAACAGUCAAAAUCACUCCAGUUAAGAGUGUUAGAUUUCGGAAUUUAAAACAAUCAGAAAAUCAUGUCAAUUGCACCCCAGAUACAUCCGCAGAUCCAUUUAACCAUAAUGACACAGAAAGUAAAAACAGUGAUGAUAAUGAAGCCAACUCAUCUCAAAAAUCACAAUUUGUCACAGGUUAUAUAGACGAAGGAGAUCCUACAUUUCAAUGCUGCUACUGUGGGGCACUACUUUGGUUAAAUGAAAGAGUUAAGAGAGUUGGAUCAACAACAGAACCAGUUUUCUCUAUGUGCUGCUCCCAUGGCAAAAUUAAACUGCCCCUCCUAAAGCCUCCACCUAAAGUUUUGAAUGACCUUUUCUUCAACAAAUCAUGUCCAACCUCUAAGAAUUUUCUUGCAAAUAUUCGAGCAUACAAUAACAUGUUCUCCUUCACUUCAAUGGGAGGAAAAAUUCACCAUGUAAUCAAUUCAGGAGGAGGACCAUAUGCAUUUGUACUAAAUGGGCAAAACUACCAUACAAUUGGAAGUUUGUUACCUAUAGAGGGAUCAAAACCAGUCUACUCACAACUAUAUAUCUAUGACACAGACAAUGAAAUCACCAACCGCAUAUCAGCUGUGAGUCGACAUGAAAAAUCAUCCAGUAUUAGUCCUGAAAUUAUUGCCAUGAUCAAAGACUGUCUUGAUCAACAUAACCCCUAUGUGAAACAAUACAGAUUGGCAUCUCAAAUCUUACAAGAACAACAACAAACAAAAUUGCGACUGCGCCUUAUCAGAAAUUGUUCAACUGAACAGCAAACUUAUAAUCUCCCGACCACAUCAGAAGUUGCAGCACUGAUUCUGGGUGAUUUUGACAGUUCAUAUGACAAGAGAGACAUUAUUGUUGAAAAGACUUGUGGCACACUUCAAAGAAUACAUGAGCUGCAUUACUGCUACCUUCCAUUGCAAUAUCCAUUGCUCUUUCCUUUUAGUCAAGGUGGUUACAAUUCCAAUGUCAAACACUGUCACAACUCAUCAACCAAUAGCUCAAAAUAUGUCAAGACAGUUACUAUACGUGAAUAUCUUGCAUAUCGAUUGAUGAGCAGAUCUCAAGAAGUUUCAGCAAUACUCCAUGCAAAACGACUCUGCCAACAAUUUGUUGUUGAUGGAUUCACAAUGAUGGAAUCACAAAGAAUUGAUUACAUCAAAAUGCAUCAACAAGAACUUCAAGUUGACUUGUAUCAAGGUUUAUCUGAUGCACUUUUUAGAGGAGAAAGAAAUGCUUCAGCAACUGGAAAGAGAGUCAUACUACCUUCUUCAUUUACAGGUGGUGCAAGAUAUAUGAUCCAAAAUUAUCAAGAUGCUAUGGCAAUUUGUCGUUGGGCAGGAUACCCUGAUAUUUUCAUAACUUUUACUUGCAAUCCAGCUUGGCCUGAAAUACAACGAUUUUGUGCUAAAAAUUCUUUACAUCCAUCAGAUCGACCAGAUAUCCUUUGUAGAGUUUUCAAGAUGAAACUUCAGUCAUUGCUACAAGUUAUAAAGCAGGAGAAAAUUUUUGGAAGAAUUAAAGCAGAAAUUUAUGCCAUUGAAUUUCAAAAGAGAGGAUUGCCACAUGCACACAUCAUUCUUUUCCUAGAUCCAGCUGACAAGAUCAAAGAUGCUGAACAUGUUGAUGAGCUUAUUUCUACAGAAAUCCCAAACAAGAACACAUCUCCUCUUCUUUAUGAUUUAGUUGCAAGUUACAUGAUCCAUGGACCAUGUGGUCACAGCAAUCCAAGAUCACCUUGUAUGAAAGAAGGGAAGUGUAGCAAAUAUUUUCCAAAGAAAUUUGUUGAAGAAACUAUUCUUGAUGAUAACGGAUAUCCUACAUACAGGAGAAGGAAUGAUGGAAGAACAGUUGAAAGAAAAGGAACCCCUCUUGAUAGCCGCUAUGUUGUUCCAUAUAAUCCAAGACUCCUUGAACUUUUUACAGCUCAUAUAAAUGUUGAGAAAACAAACCAGUCAACAUCUAUUAAAUAUCUCUUCAAAUAUAUCAGCAAAGGAAAUGAUCGAGUCAUUGCAGGAAUAUACAACAAUGAUCAAUCAGCAAAUCCUCAUGGAAUCUUUGAUGAAAUUAAACACUACUAUGAUUUUAGAUAUAUUUCCUCAUGUGAAGCUGCUUGGAGAAUUUUUGCAUUUGACAUUCAUCAUCGAUAUCCAUCUGUUGAAAGAUUGAGCUUCCAUUUGCCAAAUCAGCAAACAGUAUUGUACAAAGGAGGUCAAACUGUGAAGGAAGUCCUGAAAAAGCCAAGAAUCAAAGAAUCACAAUUCUUAGCAUGGAUGGAAUGCAACAAAACCAAUGAAGAUGCACGAGCUUUAACAUAUCUUGAAUUCCCACAUUACUAUGUCUUUGACAAAAAAAAAGAAGAUCUGGACAAAAAGAAAGCGUGGAUUUGCAGUUGGACGGAUGACUCAUGCAUCUCCUUCUUCAGGAGAAUUCUACUAUCUUAG